CCGGAAGUGCCGCAUUUCCCUGCGGCAGGUGGGCACGCUGCAGAGGAUCGUGUGAAAGACCGGCGAAUGGAACGGGCGGCUGGACAGGCGCAUGUUCUCAUCCCGGUGCUUUGGCAUGAGUUUUUUUAAAUAGGCAUAUCAGUGUUUUAUGCUAGCUAAAAGUGUUGUGAGUGUACUCCGUGCCACUUCUCCGGUUUGUUUAUAAAUAAUUUAGGGGGGGUUCCGAAGCUUGACGUUAAAAUUGCAGCCCUCGCAGCUGGUAUCAACGCUUAGUUACUUGUCAAUAAGCGCGGAGCCCUAGUCACGCUUGACGAUGUCGUAUGCAUUAGUAAUGUGAGGUUACCCGUAUCCAAGAAGCGAAGACGGCAAGGACACUCCUCGGGACGGUCGCCAUGUGUGUACCGGUCGACCCUCGGUCGAUAACAUAGCCAGUUGCGGUGCAGCAUCGGGAUGCGGUCGGAGGUGGAAUACAGCCCAGUGGGCGAGGGACUGGGAAUGAGGGAGUACUGGCUGUAUGUGUGGAUGCGCCGGGUUGCAGUGAUCGCAGCGCACGUUAUCGCCUUGGGACUUACCAUUCUUAUGUCUCUGCUGUCCCGACCAGGAACAAGUCUUUUCUCCUGGCAUCCCGUGUGUAUGUCUGCAGCAUUCUGCCUGUGUAUGACCGAGGGGAUCCUUCUGUUCUCCACUGAGUGCACCCCCUUCUGCUUCAAGUCCCGGCAGGCCAAGGUGCGAAUGCACUGGUUCCUGCAGGCCCUGGUGCUGGCGGGCGGGGCCGGCGGCCUAGCCUUCAUGGUGGCCAGUAAAUCUCUGUCGGAGCGCCCCCACUUGACCACCUGGCACGGCUGGCUGGGUGCGAGUACGCUGGCGGCCACCGUGCUCCAGGCGGGCUGUGGAGUGGGGCUGCUCUUGUCGCCGCGUCUGCGCCUGGGAACCGCCGUCUCCCGCCUGCGGCUCUACCACGCCACCUGCGGGUUGCUGGCCUACCUGCUGUCGACGGGCACCGUGGUGCUGGCCGUCUGUAGCGACUGGUUCCAGGCCACCGUGCGCGGGCCGCCCUGGUACGUCUUCCUGCUGCUGCCGUUCUUCCCGGCCCUGGUGGUGAUGAACCAGAUCACCAGUGCUUACCUGCCCAAGAAGAAGCUCUCUUCCUGAUCUCACCCCCCCCCCCCCCCAGAGUGAGGAGGUGUGGACAGGCACAUUCAUCUUCAGGUCUGAACGAACUUUUUAUGCAAUAGAACAGCUCACUGCCACUUUGGUGGGGCUGUUCCACCCGGGACUUGAGGAGAUCCUGCCCCCCCAGAUGAAACAUCAAAAUUGUAUGGAAUGACUGGAAAGAAGCAGGUUUGGCGUUGUAGUCAAAAAUGUUCAGAGAACGAGAGGGCUAUAGACGGGUCCCAGUGCCUGUACUCGUGCAGCGAGAGGCUUGAUCUGCUGCCGUUACAUGGGGUGGGGGGGCGGAUCAGUCUCACGAUGCUGUAAAUGUCUCAGUCCCUGAUGCAUGGGCCUGGUUCCCCCUCACAUUAGAUGACGUGAUGUUGAGAUCUUGCUGCUGAUGUUUCUGUAGCCCAUACUGUCGAUGGACGUUUGAGGGGCAUUUUUAGCGCUGAGCGAGACCAACUAAACCGUUCAGCUAAUCCCUGCGGACAGUCCUGACAAAGCCUCUCAGAAACCAUAUACGCUGUAGGCAGCUGUGCUGUUCUGUUGAUUUUUACUCCAGUGUGAAAUAUUGGAAUCUGCCAUCCUUUCAAUUUAAAGAAUCCCGCUGCCCUGUGAGCAUGUGUCUCCCCCCCCCCCCCCACACACACACACACACAACCCCGGGAACAAGGCCAUGCUGCAGAAAAGCUAUUUUUAAACAUUUUAUUGGAGGACUCCUGCGUGUGCCGUGGCGGAAACAAUGCCAAGGCUGUGUGACGGGGAAACAAAGGGGUUCGCAAUUUUUUUAAGCCACAAAGUAUCAAGAUAUAAUGAAGCACAUGUACUGAGGUCCUGAUGCAAAAUCUCGUUUUAUUGUAUUAAGUCCUAUAUUUUUAGCUCCUGGGAUCUUUACCAGUGGCUGCUGUGUGUGUGUGUGUGUGUGUGUGUGUGUACAUAUAUAAAUAUCAGUUGGAUUACAGUGUUUGUGUGUGUGCUGUUUAGUCCUGUGUAAUACUUUUUCUGAAAUUAACCUGAUCAAAGAUGCAGUGAGUUAUCUCUAGGCCUGUUAAGAGUGUGGUUUUAGGUUUAUUCUAUAUAUCCUGUACAUCUGACUCCAGGAAUGUACCAAAACAUCCAUCGAGCCAGGGAACAAAGUUUUCUUUCUCUUUUUUUUUUUUGUUAAACAGUGUGGCUUUAGGGAGAGACAGGGAAACUGGAUUUCGGCAGGGACGGAAGGCAGGAGUGGGACAGUCUACAGGCCUUUCCAGCACAGUAUGGGUUCAAAUGAUGUAUUUCCAUGGCAACAGUGAGAGUGAGUAGUUGGAGCAUU